AAAGCCACCGCACCCAACCCACACUGGAAUAUUCCCCAUCUCGUCACUUUAAACAACACCCGUUCAAAAACACUGCUAGGGUUUUGCAUCGAAUCAAUACUACAUACAUAAAUACAUUUAUAUAUACUAGUUGGUAGAACUAAGCAAUUCAAGUGAUUCUGAUAACAUGGGUCGGGGCAAAUUCAAGGGUAAACCAACGGGUCGUCGCCAAUUUUCGACUCCCGAGGAGAUGAUUGCUGGCACUUCUUCUCGUCCAAAAACAUUUAGACAGGAAGAAGCUGAAGACAUAGAAGACGAGAAGCUAGAAGAAGAAUCUGAAGAGGAGUCUGACGAUUCUGAGGGAGAGGAAAAAAAGAAAGGCACAGAAGGUAUCAUCGAUAUUGUGAAUCCUAAUCUGGUGAAGCCCAAAAAUUUAAAAGCCAGAGAUAUUGAUAUCGAGAAAACGACUGAACUUUCUAGGCGUGAAAGAGAAGAGAUAGAGAAGCAGAAAGCUCAUGAAAGGUACAUGAGGUUGCAGGAGCAAGGGAAAACUGAACAAGCAAGGAAAGAUUUGGAUCGUUUGGCCCUUAUUCGUCAACAGAGGGCAGAAGCAGCUAAGAAGAGAGACGAAGAGAAAGCUGCGAAAGAACAGAAGAAGACCGAGGCUCGUAAAUGAUGCGAGGGGGCUGAUUGUGGGCAAAACAUUUUCUUCUACACAAAACUUGUUAUUUGUUGUGGUUCUCAUAUAAAAAUUGUUAUGCAGAUACUUGCAAGUUGCAUAUGUGAAAUCUGAUAUUUUCUUGUUACCUUGUUGGACUAUGUUCGAAUAUAUUGUGGAAACAGAUUUUAUAGA